UUCUGCCAGCAUGCAAUGGAGAAAUAACAACUAUGUCUUUCCUACAAGAUGUUGUGGACAUUUUACUUCAGUAUGUGGUCAAAAGUUUUGAUAGAUCAACGAAAGUUAUUGAUUUCCAUUACCCGAACGAGCUGCUCCAGGAAUAUAACUGGGAACUGGCAGAUCAGCCACAAACCUUGGAAGAAAUUUUAUUGAACUGCAGAACAACUCUGAAGUAUGCAAUUAAAACAGGGCAUCCUAGAUAUUUUAAUCAACUUUCAACUGGAUUGGACAUGGUUGGAUUGGCAGCAGAUUGGCUGACAUCAGCAGCAAAUACUAAUAUGUUCACCUAUGAAAUUGCUCCAGUGUUUGUACUUUUGGAAUAUGUCACCCUAAGGAAAAUGAGAGAGAUCAUUGGCUGGCCCGGGGGCUGUGGCGAUGGGAUAUUUUCACCUGGUACAUGAUAUUUCAAGCUUUCUUUGUUUUUCAGGUGAUGCUAUGAAAUCCCCUGUAGUUAAAGGGUAAAUAUAAUGAGAUAUGCAUGUUAAAGAGGACUCUUGCUAAUGACUACCAGUGGCCUCUUUGAGAUAACACAUUGCAUGUUUAUGAAUUUCAGGGGUGGGAAUAUGAGUGUCUGAGCAAAUUACACUGCAUUAUGAACAGCUGUAUUGGCACAUGGGAAGCAUAAUCAGAAGAGAUAUUUGCCUUGCAGUUUUGUUUGCUCCUGUUCUUUUAUAGAUUACAUUAAAUAGAAUAUAGUCUU